AUGCCGCCACAGAUUUUUCCAGAUAAAGGCAAGGAUGAGCCACCAAAUAUGCCCCCCCCUCCGUGGGGUUUCGCUGGAGCCUGGGCGCUCUUGGGUAUGAUCGUCAUUCUCCUUUUACUUUCUGCCAUGUACAUGCCUGGCUCUCUCGAGAUAGACCCGGAGACCGGGAUAUCGUGGAGCAAUGUAGACCACAGUAAUGAGGAUCUUGAUCAACUUGACGCAGUGGCACCGGAGGAGAGCUAUGAGAAACUGAGGGACGAGGUAGAACACUGCUAA